UUAUAUAAUCGUUGCUUUAGGUUCUUUCACAAUACAAUCUUCUGGUAUAGCAAUCAAACAGAGUUUCCUUUGUGUUCUUUAAAACUGGUGCAUUCCCUUACUACAACCAUAUUUAUCAUUUUGCUGCAUUGUUUUACCAUUUGACACCGGCGUUAUAUUUUUACAAGCAGCUUUUUGUAGUCAUUUUCAAAGCAACGAAGCAAAAUCUUCCGAAAGCUGAAAGUUUAUUUUUUAGUUUCAUCAUCAUUUCUUAUUUCAUGGCAGUAAUGAUGUUUAUUUGUUAUUUUGUUGCCGAGGUCACCAUGUUUACAUACAUCGGCGCAGUCUUGGAGCCAUCCAUGGCAUUUAAGUAUCUCACACUGACCAGCGCCAUUGCACUUCUGUUAUAUAGGCUUGUCAAAGAUUUGCAGGAUGGUUAUGAAAAGUUACGUGAUGAGAUAGUUAAAAUACUAAAUAAUGCUAAAGGUCGCUCUCAAUUAAAUAUUCUAUGCAGGUCGUAUGGCGAAGACUGCACUUUCGAUCAUGAAGACGGUGAAAACGGCAGAUUUAGUAUUCUAUUAAAGAUCAAGCAUGAGCCUUCGACACUUAUUCUCUAUCAUGAUUAUUUUGGGACAUACUUGUUACGAGGUUUACUUGAUUUUUGCAUUGAAAAAUGUGACCCACUUCGGAGGCAAGUUUUAAUGGUUAUUGUCAAAUUGCUGCUGACAGCUUUCUACAUUGGUAUUGCAAUGUGGAUCAAAAAUGUUUUCCACAAGGAAAAAGACGUGUCUUCCAUCUUCACUGCAGCACGAAUUGCCAUUACAUUUGUACCAAAUCUCUUUGAAUUUGCAGCUCACAAGAGCCAUCUUGGAAAAAAAGAUGACGUUGUUUUUUCCCGGAGAGUUCACGACGCAAUUGCACAGUACGUUGCAAAGUAACAUUUUAAGACUAACAUCCUUCGUAGGUUGUCCAAAAUAAUGUCUAGAUUCAUUAUUUGAUUUGUCGCAAUAGUAGUAUUUAGUAAUGUAAUUUGAUAUGGUUAUCUCGCGUCAAUGACUUUGUCUUCAAUAAUAAAAUUGCGUUGUUGCAAGCGUUCGUUUCUUAGACUUACUGUUUAGCUAUUGUUUAAAACAGGUCAAGAUAGGCAGACUGCCAAACUUAAAAGCUUUUCAUUUGCCAUGCUAAAUAACGUUUAUGAAACGGUACAUUAUUCUUGGAUUUCUUGUUAACUAUAAGCGAUCUCUGCUUUCCUGAUGAACAACAAUAGUUCUUUGUCUUUGUAGCCAAAAGAUCAUUUAUCAUUGUCCAAUAAAUAUGGCCUCUAAAGCCACCAAGUCUUA